AUGUCGGUGACGCUGCACACCACUCACGGCGAUCUCAAGAUCGAAGUUUUCUGCGAGGCGGUUCCCAAAACGGCUGAGAACUUCCUGGCUCUUUGUGCUUCCGGGUACUACGAUGGAUGCCUCUUCCACCGCAAUAUCAAGGGCUUCAUGGUCCAGACUGGUGACCCUUCCGGCAAUGGUAAAGGCGGACAGAGCAUCUGGGGAGCUCCGUUCGCUGACGAAGUACGCUCUACACUCAAGUUCAACAAUCGCGGGAUAGUCGCAAUGGCGAACUCGGGACCGGACACGAACAAGUCGCAGUUCUUCGUGACCUACGCUAAGCAACCCCAUCUGGACGGAAAGUACACCAUCUUCGGCAAAGUCAUCGACGGUGCAGACAGCACACUCGACGCGAUCGAGCGUGUCCCGGUGAACGCGAAGAACAGGCCGCUUAACGAGAUCAAGCUUAUUAACGUAUGUCCGGAUCUCUUGACAGCCCUGUCUACGCGUCAGCGUCCUGUUCGGCAAUCAUACCUAUCCUAUGCUCAUACGUGGAAGAAAGGCUUUGGCUGA